GAGAGUUGAACAACGUCCAGCGGCUGCUGGACUGACAAGAAAUGCCCAGACUGGAGGUAUUGCUGCUCUUUGUGCUGCAGUUGGAAGGUAUCAGUGGAGAUGAACCUGAUUUCUAUCACACAGUUGGAGAUGAUGUUGUUUUACCUUAUGUUGGUCCAUCUUCUUCAUCGUGUCGCAGUGUUACAUGGCUUUAUAACGACAUUGUUGGCAAAACCACUGAGAACAAAGCCACAGUUGGAAAUAUUGACCAGAAGUCAGUUAAUGCUGCCAGGCUGAGUUUGAACACUGACUGCUCUCUGAUCAUAAAGAACAUCAUUCCUGAGGAUGCUGGACGUUACACCUGCAGGAGAGGAAACACAGACAGCCUAAUGCAUCUGAAUAUUUUAUCCAUCUCUCCAUCUCAACCAGCUGGUGAUGCAACAAAGGAUGGAAAUAUAAAUCUACAAUGUUCUCUGUGGAGCUUUUCACCAAUCACAUGUUCAGUUAACAGACUCGUCUGGGUAAAUGACACAGGAAACAAACUAGUUGGUGAAGAUGUCACCAACCAGAAGACCAGUUCACAGAUCCGGUGUGUUUCCUCUCUGACUGUGAAGCCUCUGAAUAACAGAUACACCUGCCAGUUUAUUCAGAGAAACACAGUGAAGGUAGAAGCUCACUACCCACCUUUAUCUACAGGCCCCCCCGCCUCGUCUCCUCUGAGCUUCAUCAUGUUGACUCUGAGGAUCACAGGACUGAUCCUGAUGGUUGGAAUCACUGUUGGUAUCAUCAGAACCAGAGGGAGAAAAAAGCCUCAGAAAGACAUUAAUGUUCAUUUUGCUGUUGAUGACGACACAGUGAAUUAUGAAAAUGAUGGAGAACGUUCUGCUGCCGCCGCGCUCCACUGAGCUUCAUCACAUCAGUUACAGUUUAUUUAAAAUGCUCUAUUUUGAAAUUGCUUCUAUAUGUAUGAGUGUCUUUGUGUUUGUACUUGUUUCCAGAUUAAAUUGAUUAAGGAAUAGCGAACACAGUAAUCUAAUAUCAGUAAAAUUAAGACCUAUUUUCAGCGAAACUUCAAGUUCUUUUUCACAGAGAAAAUAUUGAUACCACAAACUAAUCAGGGAUACUAUGAUGCUUUAAUAAAGCAAUAUCUUGCCUUUU